UGGCUCCCACCUGGCGGCGAAUGAGCAAAUUAUUCACAUUGGCGUCGGCCGAGGCUGGGAGGGCUUAGCAUAAUCUUCGGACUACGAACUCUUUAGGGAAGUUUUUUUUCUAUCGCUUUUAAUCGUGAAGAACCAUGGCCGAUGACAAUGGCGACAGCAACAAAGAACGGAGUCGGAACGACAGCGUCGGCGACCAAGACGAGGAGCGUGCCCACAGCCCGGACAUCCACUUCGAGCCCGUGGUAAAGCUGCCGCUGUGCGAGGUGAAGACGCUCGAGGAGGACGAAGAGGUGCUGCUCAAGUUGCGGGGCAAGCUGUACCGGUAUGACACGUCGGGCGAGCCGGCCGAGUGGAAGGAGCGGGGCACCGGGGAGGUGAAGAUCCUGCGCAACGAGGAGGGCUGCUGCCGCAUCCUCAUGCGCAGGGACAAGACCUUCAAGAUCUGCGCCAACCACAAGGUCACCGAGAGCAUGGAGCUGAAGCCCAGCCACGGCAGCGACCGGGCUUGGAUCUGGAGCACGCCCGCCGACUUCGCCGACGAGGAGCCCAAGGCGGAGCUGCUGGCGCUGCGCUUCGCCAACACAGAGAAUGCGCAGAAGUUCAAGGAGAAGUUUGAGGAGGCCAAGCAGGUGGUGCCACGCCAGAAGAAGGACCCCGAGGCGGAUGCAGCGGCGGACAAGCUGGAGUCUCUGUCCAUCGAGCCCCGGGACGAAGGGAGCAAGGAGUGAGCCCCGUCAGGGGAAGUGCCGGGACCACGCAGCCACGGCCCACCGGGAGAUUGAGCGGGAGACUGCCGGCCGGGCCCUGGGGGCUGCCUCCCCCCCUUUUGUACAUAGCCUCGCAUGUGUUUGUAUAGGCCGGCCUAAUAAAGGGCCCCUCCAAUUGUC